UGUGGGAGUUCUUCGUUGUCCCGCGCCGGGUGAGUGACCCGAGCGGCGCGCCAGUCCUGCCCUCAGCCGGCCCAGGACCUGGGACCCAGAGGCAGCGCUGAAGCCCAGCGUUCUCCCUGGAUUCGCUCCUCGUCGCCAGGAGGACGCAUCUACCCGGCCUCGGUGACCGCCGCCACCGCCAACCGCCCUGGAGCCGCUGAGAGACGUCCACCUGGGCCUGGCCCCGCCGUGCCGCGGCUCCGCUCGCCUGGCCCUCCUCUCGGGCCACUACCUCUACUAUCACUACGGCUGCGAUGGUCUGGACGACCGGGGCUGGGGCUGCGGCUACCGCGCCCUGCAGACGCUCUGCUCCUGGCCAGAGGGCCAGCCCGUCGGCGUGCCGGGGUUGGCCGCCGUGCAGGCAGCCCUGGAGGACAUGGGCGACAAGCCCGCCGGGUUCCGGGGCUCCCGGAGCUGGAUUGGCUGUGUAGAGGCCAGCCUCUGCCUUUCCUACUUCGGAGGGCCCCAGGGGCGCCUGUGCCACGUGCCUCGUGGCGCGGGGCUUCAGGGGGAACUGGAGAGGCUCUACUCCCACUUCUUGGAGGGUGGGGGGCCUGUAAUGGUGGGAGGUGAUGCGGACGCCCGAGCCAAGACCUUGCUGGGAGUCUGCCUGGGGCCAGGAACGGAAGCCUACGUCCUGAUACUGGACCCUCAUUGCUGGGAUGCUCCUGAAAACCCCAGUGCACUACAGGCUGCUGGGUGGGUGGGCUGGCAAAAGGUAACCAGAGCCUUUGACCCAAACUCCUUCUACAACCUGUGUUUGACCAGCCAUAACUCUGAAAAGCAGCAGCACACCCUGGACUGAGGAUAAGGGCCCAAAACUGAGACUGCCUUUGGCACCGGCCCAUGGCUCUGACUACAUAUACAUGCACACCUUUUCACUUCUUAAAAGGGGGAAGAGGGGUGCCUAAUGUCAAGCCCCAGGGCAGUCCCAGCAGUGCCUGGGGCAUUUGGCAUCAAUAAAAUUGGCAAGUUCCAGCCAACGAUGGCCCCAGCCAAUCUUUGCGAGGAUUUGGGGAGGUACAUACAUAAUGUACACUCAGGUAGACAUCACUGGGGAAG